AUGACUGUGCUCCUCCUGCUCUGUGUGCUGACAGCGCCGCUCGUUGGGGGCCAUGCUCUGGACACACCACAGCUUCCAAAACAGCUACUUCCGGGACUCUCAGAAGACAUCAAUAUCACAUUCUUCAAUGGGGUGUUUAAAAAUGUCGAGAGUGUGGCUGAAAUUUUUGAUUGCCUGGGUUCCCACUUCACCUGGCUGCAGGCCGUGUUCACGAACUUCCCUGCUCUGCUCCAGUUUGUGAAUGGGAUGAAGUGUGUGGCUGGCCUCUGCCCCCGAGACUUUGAUGACUAUGGUUGUGCCUGCAGGUUUGAGAUGGAAGGGCUGCCCUUGGAUGAGCCUGACAGCUGCUGCUUCCAGCACCGCAGGUGCUACGAGGAGGCUGCUGAGAGGGACUGUCUCCAAGACCCCACCAAACUCAGCACCAAUAUCAACUGUGUCAGCAAGAAGAUCACAUGUGAAUCCAAGGACCCUUGUGAGCGUUUGCUGUGUACCUGUGACAAGGCUGCCAUAGAGUGCUUGGCUAAGUCCAGCAUCAAUUCUUCUUUGAACCUCCUAGACACCUCCUUCUGUCUGUCUCAGCCUCCAGAGACAACUAGCAAGAAAGAACUGACAACUCUUCUGCCUAGAGUGGUUCCCAUGGAGCCAACGGACACCAGCUUGCUGGCCCUCUCAGGAGAAGAUGCGGAGACCAUCACUGAAAAACUGACCACACUCUCCAGGACAAAAGCAGAUCAGGAAAGAAAAGGCACAGAAGCCCUUAGAAUCACACCCCCUCCAGGGUCCGCUGAGAUUGGUACCACAGCUGAAGGUGUGACCACUGUACCCAUAUACGUCAAGCCUCUGGGGUUGGCUGCGUCGUCUGUGCAAAGCGGCGCCCAGGAGACGACUAGGAAAGCCUGCAAUAGAUUCACCUUCCGGCACCUGGGAAGUGAGGACGGCACCUGGCUCACGCCACAGUUUGGGGAGAUGCUCUUUUGUCUGACAGCCCGGUGCCCAGAGGAAUUUGAAUCCUACGGCUGUUACUGUGGGCAAGAAGGCCGAGGAGCGCCCAGGGACACCCUGGACAGGUGCUGUUUUUCUCAUCACUGCUGCCUGGACCAGGUGAGGAGGCUUGGGUGCCAGCUGGAGAAGCUUCCUCCAUCACCGGUGGCGUGCGUGGAUGGCGCCCCCAAGUGUGUGGGGCAGAGCCUCUGCGCGAAGUUGCUUUGUACCUGUGACCAGAGGGCAGCUGAGUGCGUGGCCGCUGCCUCCUUUAACGGAAGCCUCCGGUCACUGGGCGGACAAGAAUGCCAGGGCCUCCAGCUCUCCUGCGAGGAUGAUGUGCACGGAAGCCCUGUGGCUCCCUCCCUGAGUUCCAGCUCUGAGGAGGACAGUGAGGAAGCCAGCUCCCCAAAAGAACUGAGGAGAACCAGAAGAUUUCUGGGCAAGUCACUUGGUCUUAAGGGGACCAGGCCGUGAACAGGAGCCCAGAGAGAGAGCCCCGGAGAAGAUGACAGGCUGGCACGCCCAGGAGCAUGUCCCU